UUAUAAAAGUGCCCCAAACGGGGGUGGUGGGGAAGGAGGGGACCGAUGCCUUAGGAGCAAUCAGAGACCGGUCUGCGCGACCUGCCAAGUCACUGGCUCUGCCUAGGACCCAGAAAUGAGAACACUCCCGAGACUGGUGGAUCUGUCCCUCCUCUGGAGAAAGGAUGCGGGCACCCGAUCUAAGGUGCAGAAUCAAGGGUCCGGCUGUCUGAGAGCGCUAAGAAGCAGAAGCCUCCUAGGUGUUGGUGGCAGGCAGGGUCACCAGGCUUGGGGAUCCGGAGGCCUGGCGGAGAGAUAUACCAAGGGCGGCAGCGGGGAAUCAGAAGGCGAGCUAGGAAGCCGCCGAGACUCAGAGAACUCAGGAGCGCUGUUGGGACCUGUGAGGGGUCGGAUGUAAGGGGCUGGCUGGGACGACCCUAGCCCAGAGUUCCCUUCUGGUCUACAGAGACGUCCUCUGGACUCGGCGAAGAAAGGAGUGAGUUGAGUGGCUUUCCAGCCUCAGCGGUGCGGAAGUGCAGCAAUGACGGAAGAACCAGAGCGGCCUGUACGGCCUCGAACUCAGGGUAGGGUCCUGUUCCUGGUCAUCUUUGCAGCUGGCAUUGGUGGAACUUUUCAGUUUGGCUACAACCUUUCCAUUAUCAAUGCUCCAACCUUGCAUAUUCAGAAAUUCACCAAUGAAACAUGGCAAGCACGCACUGGAAAACCACUGCCUGACCACAUGGUUCUGCUUCUAUGGUCCCUCAUUGUGUCUCUUUUCCCCAUGGGGGGACUUUUUGGAGCCCUGCUUGCAGGACCCAUGGCCAUUAAGCUGGGAAGGAAGAAGUCGCUCCUGGUGAAUAACAUCUUUGUGGUGGCUGCAGCGUUAUUAUUUGGCUUCAGCCACAAAGCAGGCUCCUUUGAGAUGAUCAUGCUGGGAAGACUGCUCAUGGGAGUCAGUGCAGGCGUGAGCAUGAACGUUCAGCCUAUGUACCUGGGGGAGAGUGCUCCCAGUGAACUCCGAGGAGCAGUGGCCAUGACCUCAGCCAUCUUCACAGCCCUGGGGAUCGUGAUGGGACAGGUGGUCGGAUUGAGGGAGCUGAUGGGUGGCCCACAGGUAUGGUCCCUUCUGCUGGCCAGUUGCCUGGUGCCUGGGGUACUCCAGCUCGUCUCAUUGCCCCUGCUUCCUGAGAGCCCACGCUACCUCCUCAUUGACUGUGGAGACACAGAGGCCUGCCUAGCCGCUCUGCAGCUGCUGCGGGGCACCCAGGAUGUGGCAGAGGAGAUGGAAGAGAUGGAGGAGGAGCGUGCUGCCUGCCAGGGCCGCCAGGCACGGCGCCCAUGGGAGUUGUUCCAGGACCGGGGCCUGAGGAGGCAAAUGACAAGCCUUGUGGUGCUGGGCAGUGCCAUGGAGCUCUGUGGGAAUGACUCGGUGUAUGCCUAUGCCUCCUCAGUGUUCCGGGAGGCAGGAGUGCCUGAAGAGAAAAUCCAGUAUGCCAUCAUUGGAACUGGGAGCUGUGAGCUGUUUGCAACUUUUGUUAGCUGCGUGGUGAUUGAGAGGGUGGGUCGGAAGGUGCUGCUGGUAGGGGGAUACUCUCUGAUGACCUGCUGGGCCAGCAUCUUCACAGCUGCGCUGUGUCUGAAGAGCUCCUUCCCCUGGAUGCCCUAUCUGGCCAUGUCCUGCGUCUUUGCUUUCAUCCUCAGCUUUGGCAUCGGCCCUGCUGGAGUAACGGGAAUCCUGGCCACAGAGCUGUUUGACCAGACAGCCCGACCUGCUGCUUACAUGGAGAGCCUGUCCCACUUCCUCUUUGUUCCUUUCCUCUGUGUCUGCGUCUGUGGAGCCAUCUACGCUGGAUUGUUCCUCCCUGAGACCAAAGGCAAGACAUUCCUGGAGAUCUCUGAGGAAUUACACAGACUCAGCUUGCCCAUGCGGGCCCAGGGCCCCACAAGGAGCAGCAGGGAGGUCAUCCAGUCCACAGAGCUAUAGCUGCACAGUUGUGGCAGGUGCUAAAGGUGGCUGCUGCCCUGUCCUUUGCUUUUCAGAAUGACUUGCAUUUUAACGAGUGUUUAUUCAGGACCUACUCUGUGCAGGCAUGGUACCAGGUGUUUAGCAAUUAUUGGUGAGCCAGGGAGGCAGGACAUGCAACCACUUGAUGCUCAAUGUCUAAAGAUAACCAACAGGAAACCAAUUAAAACAUUACUUGUCGGAAUGCAGUGGAAGAGAAAUACAGGUGGUGCUGGGACCCUGACCUGGUCUGGGAGGAGGUGGUCAGAAAAGGAUUUUCUGAGAAACCGAUUUUUGAAAUCAACUUUAUUGGAAUAUAAUUUACAUACAAUCAUAUGUAUCCAUUUUAAGUAAACACCUGCUGAGUUGCGACAGAUGUAUACACCCAUGAAAUACCACUAUAAUCAAGGUAGACCAUUCUCAUCACCUCCAAAGCACCCUUAUACCCGUUGGCUAUCAAUAACCCACUCCACCCCCUACCCCAGGCAACCACUGAUCUGUUUUCUGCCACUAUCAGUCAGAUUUGCCUUUUUUAUACUUUUAUAUAAUUCUAUAUUAUUUGUACACAUUUGUGUCCAGCUUUCUUUGGAUAAAGUUUAGUUGCAUGUGUUAGUAUACAUUCCUUUGUGUUGCUGAGUAGUUAUCCCCUGUAUGGAUAUACCAUGAUUUGUUUAUCCCUUUGCCUGUUGGGGGCUGGGGAUAUAGCUCAGUUGGUACAGUGCUUUCCUUGCAUGCAUAAGGCCCUGGAUUCAAUUCCCAGCACUGCCAAAAAAAAAAAAAAAGUCCCUUUGGUAGACAUUUGGAUUACUUCUAAUUCUUGGCCAUCAUGAAUAAAGCUGCUGUGAAUAUUCCUAUGCAAAUUGUUGGAUACAUGUGUAUUUUCAUUUUCUGUGCAUCUGUUUGGGCUGCUAUAACACAGUAUCAUAGACUGGGUGGCUUAUAAACAAUGGAAAUAUACUCCUCAUAAUUCUGGAGGCUGGAAAGACCAGGGUUAAGGGCCCACUUCCCGGUUUAUAAACAUUUGUUUUCUCGCUGUAACCUCCCAUGGCAGAAGUGAAGAGCUUCAUCUCUUUUAUAAGGCACUAGUGGAUCCCAUUCAUGAAAGCUCUACCCUCAUGACCUAAUCACGUUUUAAAGGCACAACUUCCGAAUACCAUCAUAUUAGGUAGCAAGAAAUCUCUAGAGAGUAAUAUUUAUUUGGGAAUGACAGAGCAUUGCAAUGGGAAUAUGUGGGCCAAUACUAAACUAUGGGUGCAUUCAAGAAGGUCAGACAAGUAGUUUUUAUAGGGAAAAAAGGAAAAUUUUUUGGUGAGCUGCGUGGAUAAAAAGUAUUCAUUGGUCUGUUUUGCAAGGUGAUUAUAGUAGUGUUUUAUACUCUCACUAGCAGUGAUUUGAGAGUUCUGGAUACUCCAAAUCAUCAAUACUUGGUUGGUAUUGUCAAUCUUUUCAAUUUGGCCAUUCUAGUGAGUGUGUAGAAAGUAGUGUCUCUUUGUGCUUUAAUUAUGGUAUUUCCUUGAUGACUAAUAAUGUUGACCACCUUUUCAUGUGUUUAGUAUGACCAUUUAUCUGCUUUUGUGAAGAAUCCUUUCAUAUCUUUUGUCUACUAUUUUUAUUGAGUUGCCUUAUUUUUUUAAUUAACAAGCAUUUUUAUUAACUUUUUUUUGAAAAAUUGAUUAUGAGUUUAAUAUUAUAUUUUUAAUAUUAUAUUUUUACCUGGGCGACACAUUUAGAGGUUCUUAGGAAUAAGAAUCAAAAUAGUCAUUAAUGUAACUAGACUACAUAGUUGUAUCAAAAAAGAGAAAAAAAAUCAGUGUUUUGUAACUAAGUCUGAGUUUAGAAUAUAUCACCUGCUUUAAAUAAUAUUUAAAUCCUAAAAGAUGAAAGACAUUUUGCAGGAGAAAACAGCCUCAAGAAGGAAACAUUACAAAAGAUAUAAUAAUAAUUACUUUGAAUCAAAUUUAUGAAUCAACUUCUUUCUCCAAACAAGAUUCCAUGUCUCUAAAGAACACAGGUUUCUAAUUCCAGAAAGAUAGUUGUCAAAACUUUAAAUACUUCUCUAACAAUUACAUUCUCUAUCUGGAUCAAACUUUUACCGCCCAACAUUUCUUGCCAUUUGUUUUAUUGUCAGCAAAGCCUAGGUGCCGGACUUUGUGAACUAUGACACAGCUAGACCUUUAAGUAAUUAUUAUAACUAAUAUAUCUAAUAGUUAUUUGCUAAGAGUAAUAGAAUGAUAUACACAAACCCCUUAUGAACUAAAAUAGUACUUCUGCACACUUUUAUUUGCAAGAGUUUUAUUAACCCAGAAUACACUCAAGGGGUUUGGAAAACCCUUUUGACUUUCAUUUCUAAUCUGUAUAGGCCUAUUAAUAACCAAAUUUAUUAAGUUAUGACAGUUUGAACUGCAUAACAUUUCUUAAAAUUUCCUUCUUGAGCUCUGUAUUACCUCAAAAAGCAAUCUAUUCACUAAUGGUCUGUUAAACAUAAAUAAAUAUUUAAUACCAAUAAAAUACAAUAUAUAAUCAACAUUGUAUAACAAAAAUUAUCAAGCUCUACUUGAAAGCCUUAAAAAAUGACUCUGGAAGAAUUAAGCUAUUUUAUUUAAUAUGUAAUAGAUAGUUGGCAUAAAGCAAAGUUUAUGUAUUUAGUUUUCUCAUAUUUUAUUGUAUUUCCACAAACCAUUAAGAUAUAACUUUAGGUAUUUUUCCAUCAGUAAGGCCAGAUAUAGAUGAUUUCUUUUUAUAGGUAACUGAAGGUUUUAACAGGGUUUAGACUGAAAAAUCAGGUACCAUUUAGUCAUAACAUCAUAUAAAGACCUUUAAUCAGGAAAAAGAUUUUUAACAUUAUUGCUUAAGUCUUAUAAACAUGUUGAAUUUUAACCAAAUUGAUACCUCUCCAGUCUUGUUUCCUUUACUCUUAAGUCAUACUUUUUGGCAAAUAUAUAGGUAAUGAUGUAAUUUUAAAAUUAAAUUAACUGUGAAUAAAUUCUAAUUUGUUGGUCAGUGCAUAUAUUUUGCCCCCACUUUACCUAGUAUAUUCCUCCUGGAAAAAGUGACUGUCCCACAUGAAAACAACAACAACAACAACAAAAAAAAAAUG